AUGGGGCACUUUUUCGUCUACAUUGGCGCGUUGCUGUUCGGUGCUGUUGGUGCAAUCAACCACGGACCCCCCGACUUUGGCUCUGGAUAUCGUCAGGGGGUAGAUUUCCUUCCUGGCAGAGACACAACUACCGCUUGGAGAACAGUUACGGAAACUGUUACUGUACCUGCCGCUGCUACUGAAUGCGCUUGCUCCUCUCCGCAGGACCCUAGUCAAAGCCCCAGCUCGUCUGCCACGGAACCGCCCAGCCCAGGCCCAACAGGCAACAUGCCGCAUGUUGCUGGUUUUAAAUCUGUUGUAUACUUUGUCAAUUGGGCCAUCUAUGGGCGUAAUUACCAACCCCAAGAUCUCCCAGCAGCAAAGCUGACUCACGUUCUCUACGCAUUUGCCAAUGUUCACGGCGACACCGGAGAAGUCUACCUGACCGAUAACUAUGCUGAUACCGACAAGCACUACCCAACUGAUCCCUGGGAGGAAGUGGGAAACAACGUCUAUGGCUGUGUCAAGCAACUUUUCUUGCUCAAAAAGCAGAAUCGAAAUCUGAAGAUCCUACUUUCCAUUGGUGGAUGGACCUAUUCUUCCAAUUUCCCAGGGGCCGCGAGUACAGCAGCUAACAGGGCCCACUUUGCUGACACUGCCACGAAGUUGAUGCUUGAUAUGGGAUUUGAUGGACUUGACAUUGAUUGGGAAUAUCCCAAUGAUGACGAGGAAGCGAAAAACUUCGUAGAGCUUCUUAAAGUUACAAGAGAGAAACUUGAUGCAUUAUCAAAGAAUCGCAAGUUCUAUCUGACCGUCGCUUGCCCAGCGGGUCCGAAACAUUUCAAGAAGCUCCGCCUCGAAGAAAUGACCCCUUAUCUGGAUUUCUACAAUUUAAUGGCAUACGACUAUGCUGGAAGUUGGGACACAGUCGCUGGACAUCAAGCAAACCUCGAGGUUUCCAAAUCCGAUCCAAAAUCCACCCCCUAUUCCACCGAGGCAGCCUUAGACUUUUACAUUGGAGUUGGUAAAGUGCCAGCCUCCAAAAUGAUCUUGGGAAUGCCACUAUACGGACGCGAGUUCGCUGACACUGAUGGCCCUGGUACUCCCUUCACUGGAACUGGUGGUAACGGCAGCUUUGAGCCGGGUAUUUGGGACUACAAAGUACUCCCGAAGGAGGGAGCAAAGGAGCACAUGGAAUCAGGUAGCAAAGGCGGUUGUGGUGCAUCAUGGAGCUAUGAUAAAUCGUCUCGCUCGAUGAUCUCAUACGAUACCGUGCCGAUGGUGGAGAAGAAGACGAAAUAUAUCAUUAAUAAGGGGCUUGGUGGCGGCAUGUGGUGGGAGGCAAGCGGUGAUCGUGACCCCAGGACCGCAGAGAAGGCCAAAGGAAGCCUUAUUGGCACCUUCGUUGAAGGGAUUGGUGGGGGGUUGGAGAAACAUGAAAAUGCUCUGUCCUUCCCGGAGAGUCAGUAUGACAACCUGAAGGCCGGCUUUUCGGAGAAGUAG